AUGAAGAAGAUUACAAAAAAGCUAUCAAUGAAAUACGUGAAGCUCCAUAAGCAAAAAAAGCUCCGCCAAGACGGGUCCAUGAAGUCAGAGGAAGACGGUGGAGAGCCUUUCCGGGAAUCUCAUUCGCCGGAUUAUGCGGAAAGUAAUGAAACAAAGGAGACUCCUAAGGUUACAAAGAUUAUGGAGUCCAUGCAUCGUAAGCUGAUGCUAAAAGACAAGGCAAAUAAAAAGAAAAUUCACGUGGACGAUCAAUCCCAAAUGUCAGAACGUUCGGUUAGGAAUGGUGGUCGUGAUCGCAAGGACCAGCUUGAUGAAGGCUCGGUUAGAAACAUGAAUCGCGAUGGUACGGACCAGCUUGUAGGCUCAGUUAAAAACAGUCAUAUGGAUCAUCUUGAAGAUUUGAUUAGGGGUCGUGAUCGUAUGGAAGGUUCCAAUAGGAAUGGUGCUCGUAAUCGUGUGGACCAGCUUGAAGGUUUUAGCAAAAACGGUGAGAAACAUCAGCAUGAAGAAAAUACUGUUAAAACAAGCGAUCAAAUAGAUCAAUCAGAAAAAUCAACUAAAAGUCCAUCUGAUUUUGCUUCAAAAAAAGAUUAUCUUGAUUGGAUUGAAUAUGUGGAAGGAUCGAAUCAUCAUUGUUUCGAUCGAUCCGAAGAUUCCGAAAAAUCUUAUAUAAGAGAGGAUAUCGAUCAUGACGCGAUAAGCGUUGGGAUAUCAGAAGGAUCCAUAGAGGGGAACAACGAUGAGAGUCUAUUACUCAAGAGUUCUAAGUAUAGAAAAAACGAGAAAUUUGAAGAUUCAAAAGGUUAUAAGAAAGGAAAAGGUAGCAAGGCUAAAGAUUCACUGAAAUGUCAAUUAGUUGACUAA